AUGUCUAAGAUGUUUUGCGAUAUUUGUCUAGAGGCCGUUGCGGGCAAUUACUGUCUCGAAUGUAGACAGUAUUUUUGCUGCAAGUGUAUUGCUGUGCACAAUAAAAUUAGAUCAACAUCGGAUCACAGCGUCGAGAAUGCCGAAAAAUUUAGGCCAAAACUUGAGGAGCCGAACACAUUUUCGAAAGAGUUGAUCAGAUUAUCGGAAAGUGGUUCUAGCGACUUGGGCUGCAGCAGCGAUUCAAGUUUCGACCAUGAUUUUGGUCUGUGUCUACACUCGAAUGAGUGCCAUCAAGACAUAUUUGAGGAUGAUGACGUUGUAGAGGAUAUCAAUAAUGCGGAUGACAACAAUGAACAUCCAGCAACAACACUAACUAGAACGAUUCUACAUUCUGGUUCAGCUGAUAAUAUCCGUAACACUAACAACAACAUCGCUAUUAGGACAACUUUUCAAAAUGACAACAUCAACUUCGAGAAAAACCUUUCAGAUAACAAUAACAACAUCAUCAACAACAAUAACAACGAUAUGGACAACAACAAAAUCAACAAUACAACUACAAUAGCCGCUGUAAACAUCACCGACACUGAUGACAACAACAACAUCAACAACACAACAACCAUUGCUACAAUAAACAACAACAACCAGUCUGGAGACGCGGCACAGAGCGACGUCAAAGCAACGGCGACUGCAGUUGCGAAAUCAGCAUUAACACGGACGACUUCAACAACGAGCCACUCAAAGUGGCUGUGUUUCCUGCACCCCACAAGAACCAUCAGAUUUUACUGCAUGGACUGCAAAUCUUUCGUGUGCGGCGUCUGUCAGCUCGACUACCACAGCGAACACCACACCAUCUUCAUCGACGACUUCUUCGAAUGGGAGAUUCUGAAGCUGAGGCGACAGUCGCGAAGACAUCGGAGAAUGAUGGCCUCCAUUGACCAGGACCUCACCAAAAUCAACGACAUUUUCAAAUCGUGGAGUCACAAGGAUGCUGCAAUUGUCAAGUUCAUCAAGAAGUCGAAGGAGGAAAUUCUAAAGAAGAUCGACCAGGCUUGUGACGAACAAGUUAAAGUUCUGAUCGCCAAGUCUGAUGAAAGAGUGAAAGGCAUACGAGUCCUGAAGCACCAGCUGAUGACGUUGAAAGAGGAGUUGUUGGACCACGCCAUUCACAACGCGGACGUCUGCCACUUACUUAGGCAGGAACAUUCUGAUCGUCUCACAGGCUACAAACCCUACAUCCAGCCGAAAUUCGAUUUGAAGUUUUUGGAGAUUGAGAGAAUUCCAGAGGUCCGUUUUGUUAGACAGGAGUGCGCUUUUGAUCUGGCUAGAGAUCAUCUUGGAUUCGGGUAUCUCAUGUAUAAAAAAAUUCAGAACUUCAAAAAGCUGAAAAAGAAAUUUGAAGUGGUGGGAGCCUCGAUAUAUAAAUCCAAACUCUACAUCUGCUACUGGGCUACGAAGUACAUCAGUGUCUUUGAUACAGGCAGCUUCAAACACCUCCACAAAUUCAAAAUAUCCGCCGUCAUCCUGCCUAGCGACAUGAUCACGAUGAACGAGAAAGUUUACAUUUCAGAGAUGUACAACGGUCUCGUGCACAGGAUCAACAUUGAAUCUGAUAUCUUACUCAAGCCGCUUCAAAUCAACUCUAAACUAGUCGUCCUCUCACGUGGUUUCAACGACCACCUGUUAGUUCUCUGCUGCGACAAGCGACAAUUCAUCAUCUUCAAUGCAAAUGGCGAGCAGAAGAAGGUAGCGAACCUGCCUCGAUACAUCCGCAGCCCUACCUACAUCACCACAAACCAGGACAGAAACUUUCUCGUAACUUCCGCGGGGGACAGCUCGUGUUUAUACAUUUUGGACCAGAUGUGCAGAUGUCUUAUCAAGUACUCCACCAACUGCCCCAGACAGAAACUCACACAGCCGAGACACGCCACCUUUGACGAAAAGGGGAACGUGAUGGUCUGCGAUUAUGGCAAUCAGAGAUUGGUCUUUCUGAACCAUAGGUUAAAGUUCAUUUGCGAGUUGCCUCUGGCGGAGUUCAAGGGCAAGCCCGCUUUUGUGAGUUUUAAUGGAGGGCUGGACCAGAGGUUCUACGUUGUGACCCAUGGCAACAGAGCCAUCGUGAAGGUUCAGAUGGAAGUGCUCAUUUGAAUUCGUCGCAAGUCCGAUCUCACUUUUGACGUCCUUCCUCGUCCAACAUCUUUCCAUUUAUGAACUUGUAUAAUUAUUUCUUCUGUGAGCUCAGAAAGACCAACUUCCGAUCGAUAUAACACUUACAUUUUCAAACACACAUGCACACAUUUUUCGUUAUUUAAAAAGGUUUAACGUUCAGCUGUUUUUACCUUUGUUGAAUAAUAUGAUAUUUUACUGAAA